GUCAAACAUCUGCGCCGAACUUUACCACGUGGGGACGUUUUUGCAGAGGUAGCAAAACAUCCGCAGUGACGCUUGGUUAUCUGUCAGCGAGAGUAAAAAAAAAAAACUUUUUUUGUUUGUUUUUGGCAUUAAAAGAAUCCCAGAAAAGAGCCUAAAGCUUUUGCUUUUAGAGUCACUUUUUGUAGACCAUGCCCCACGACCCCGACCCUCCUCCGGCUAAAAAAUUCAAGCCGGGGUCUGUUUUUUUCCGUCUCGAUAAGAAUAAACCUGGAAUGCUGCUGCCUAGAAAGGGAAAUGCAACCACUCCGAUAGACGUCCAGAGGAAACAGCUUUCAAUCUACCAGGCGAAACCUCAGCUACUGAACCAACUAAGACAGCUUCACAAUGCUAUUCUGAUAGGGGAGACUGGCUCUGGGAAGACCACUCAGAUCCCUCAGUAUCUGUAUGAGGCCGGCAUCGGACGACAGGGCAUCAUCGCCAUCACUCAGCCCCGUCGUGUUGCUGCGAUCUCACUGGCAGGCAGGGUGGCAGAGGAGAAGAAAACUCAGCUUGGCAAGUUGGUCGGUUACACAGUGCGUUUUGAGGAUGUCACCUCCGCUGAGACAAAGCUAAAGUUCAUGACAGAUGGCAUGCUGCUGCGUGAGGCCAUCGGAGACCCUUUACUGCUGCGCUACACUGUGGUGGUCCUGGAUGAAGCUCAUGAACGCACUGUGCACACUGAUGUGCUGUUCGGCGUGGUUAAGACCGCUCAGCGCAGGCGCAGAGAACUUAAUAAGAUUCCCCUGAAGGUCAUAGUGAUGUCAGCAACCAUGGAUGUGGAUUUGUUCUCUGAGUACUUCAACAAGUCACCUGUACUGUACCUGGAGGGCAGGCAGCAUCCCAUUCAGAUCUACUACACCAAGCAGCCCCAGUCAGACUAUCUACAGGCUGCACUCGUCUCUGUCUUUCAGAUCCAUCAGGAAGCUCCGCCAUCCCAUGACAUCUUAGUGUUCAUGACUGGGCAGGAGGAGAUCGAGGCUCUGGCGAGGACAUGUAGGGACAUUGCUAAGCACCUUCCUGACAGCUGUGGUCCCAUGAUAGUUAUCCCUUUGUAUGCAUCGCUGCCCCCAGCACAGCAGCUCAGGGUCUUCCAGCCAGCUCCCAAGGGAAGUAGGAAGGUCAUCCUCUCGACCAACAUUGCUGAGACGUCUGUUACAAUCUCUGGGAUUAAAUACGUCAUAGACACGGGGAUGGUGAAGGCCAAACGUUUCAAUCCUGACAGUGGGCUGGAGGUGCUGGCAGUGCAGCGGGUUUCUAAAGCCCAGGCGUGGCAGCGAGCGGGCCGAGCUGGAAGGGAGGACUCUGGCUCCUGCUAUCGUCUCUACACUGAGCAGGAAUUUGACAACCUCAUUCCUAUGACUGUGCCUGAGAUCCAGAGGUGUAACUUAGCCGGUGUGAUGCUGCAGCUCAUGGCUCUGGGGAUUCCAGAUGUGAUGAAUUUUGAUUUCAUGUCCAAGCCUUCUCCAGAGGCCGUUCGGUCUGCUGUGGAGCAUUUAGAGCUGCUGGGAGCUGUGGAGAGGAAGGAGGGACAGGUUUUCCUCACUGCUCUGGGAAAGAAGAUGGCAAGCUUCCCUCUGGAACCCAGAUAUGCAAAGACGAUCCUGUUGUCUCCAGACUACUCCUGUUCGGAAGAGAUUUUGAGCAUUGUGUCUCUGCUUUCAGUGGACACCGUACUGUAUAACCCUCCUGCUCGGCGGGAAGAGGUGCUCGCUGCACGUAAGAAGUUCACAUCCAGCGAAGGAGACCACAUGACACUGCUCAACAUUUAUAGGGCAUUCAAGAAAGUCAGUGGUAAUAAGGAGUGGUGUCGGGAGAAUUUUGUCAACAGCAGAAACAUGGGAUUAGUGAAAGAGGUCCAGGCACAACUUAAAGAUAUCUGCCUUAAGCUGAAUUUGAAGAUGGAGUCAUGUGGGCCAGACACAGGGAACGUUCGCCGCUGCCUCGCCCAUGGGAUGUUCGUCAACGCUGCAGAGCUUCAACCUGACGGCAGCUACUUAGCUCUGGACACCCACCAGCCUGUGGCCAUCCACCCCUCCUCCGUUCUUUUCCAGGCCAAGCCAGCAUAUGUGGUCUUCAAUGAGCUGCUGCACACAUCGCGCUGCUACAUGAGAGACCUGUGUUUGGUGGAUGCCGACUGGCUGCUGGAGGCAGCGCCAGAAUACUUUGGCCGCAAACUCCGACCCACCAAGAGUUAACCAACAGAGAAACAGGACUGAAGGAAAUCUCAGCAAGGACACCUUCCUCAGAUCACCCAGUGACAGUUAAACUGGAAAAUGUAUGCUCUUCACAAAGCUGAAUUUGGUUAAAGACACACACUGAUUUCAUACAAAUCAGGUCAGGAUGUUUUCUGUGUAGUAAACGUCUCUGGAUUUCACUACCUCCCAGUCGACAUGCACCUGGCAUGUGUCACUGCAGCAGAAAUCUGCACACUGAGGCCUCACAACUUUGACCUCCUGUAAGACUGUCACCGACACUUUAUAAACUGUGUUCUUCUACCAGAUGAGAUUUCAUCUUGCCAUUUGGCCACCCGUUUAACACGUAAAAAACACAGUGCUUCACAUGAGCAAUGUCUAUGGCUGAUAUGAUUUAUUUGUUCAUUACUCGUUACUCAUUAAUUCUUAAUUCAGCCACCCAACCAAAUUCAGAAGGUUAUGAUAGACCAGUUAGUGGUCGUUCUUUUCACCGUAAGCGACUAAGUGACUUAUCACACUUUGUUAGCUUUCCCGGAGGAAGCAGUCUUGUUUUGAGCUUUCGUGUCAUGUGGUCUUAAAGGGUUUUAUAUAUGCAAGAACCGGAAAUCAGUCUUUAUCAGUGAGAUUCUGUAAUUGCAAGAAGUGGCCAAGGUUAGGGGUAAAAUAUGAGGUUUUUACAUGUCGCAGUGAUGGUGUCACUUGAUAAUUCCUCUACAUGCGGCGCUUGUCUUGUUAUCUUGUGCAUGCCUUUUUUUCAGUCAGUGAUUGUAUCACUAGUUCCACAAAUACACGUACAUGAGGAGAAGCUGCAUGCCUUAUUCUCCAGGUUCUACUAUUUGCUGUUGUACAUUACUCAGCCUCUACACCGAUGAACUAUAUGCUGACAACAAAUGUAUGCAAUGCAUGGAGAUUAUAGGUAAAGAUCUGAUCACUUGCAUCUUUUCAUACUUUAUAGAAUCAUCACCAUGUUGAGCAGUAGGAUGAAUGCUCCUCUCGUCUUUUUUACACAGGACUCAGGAUUGUACAAUGUACACUGUAACCUGAAUAAAUUACAGAAGCAAUUUCUAACUUUUAAAAAUACCAAAUGCUUAUUGCAGCUGGGGUUGCUGUAGAGAUUGUUGCUUUAUAAGAUUGUUUUUUUUUUUCAGUUACAAAGGAAAAGUAGGCCAUUUAAGAUCUGCAUGUUAUGAAGUUUGUAAGAUCAAAUGCACGCCUUUGAUGAGCUUAUUAAGAGUAUAUUUAAUAUGGUUUAUAAAGUCUUACAUAACAACUAUUGGUAUAUUUUAAUAAAUAUGUUCCACUGCCCCAAAGAUAGUCUACAUGUGUGGAGUGAAGAUUCUGAGUCACAGGGGAAUUUCCCAUACACAGCCAAGUGUAUGUUGAAGAGCGUGUUGGGGACUCUUUUGGAUGUUACAGAAAGCACAAGUCCCUCCUGAAUCCGGCUAAUGUUAGUAAUAUUUAGAACGAUGUAUUUCCAAAUUAUGCAAAAUCAGAUCAACAGACAAUUGAUAUUCUAACACAUUGACAUGUAUUUCCACUGAUUACAACUGAUGAUAAAUGCUGAACUGACACCUGGUGCCCAAUUAUUCAGUGAUUGUAAUUAAAUAUUGUCUAAAAACAA